UUUGAGAUGUUUUCACAGACAGUGUACACGGUGUUCGCGGACAUCGAAUCUCAGCGGACAAUCUCUACAAGACACUUUAAUAAACAGCUACAGAAGCAAGAACGUGUGGAUAUAAAGGAAGUCGUUUUGUUUUUUUGGUUUGUAUUUCAACUGUAAGGUUGUAAGAGAAAUACAACCCAGCACAGUCCUCUACACCAGAAUGGACGCGACUCCUGGGUGAAGUGAAUGAUGUCUCGCGCUGUUUACCUGUCACUCCUGCUGCUCGUGUUAUCGGACCAUCAACAGGUUACCUCGAGCUCCCAUGUCCCCCGGACCCACCGUGGUGUUGGAUUAGCCGGGCGGGCUUUAAAUACCACACUGACCAUGAUGUACCAAAGCGACAACGAUGAGUGUGACCUUGUGAUGAACAUCAGUGCUGCAGACCGCUGUGCGUUUGUGAAGAACACUCCAGACUGUAACCUGGAAGAUGGCUUCAUCAACUACCUUUAUUUGGCCUUCUGUCUGCUUGCUCCCAACCUCACACCCCUCACCAUCACUCUCUGUGUGAUAUGGCUGCUCUUUUUGUUCAUCAUUCUCGGACUCACAGCGUCUAAAUUUUUCUGUCCCAACCUAUCGGCCAUCUGUACCAGUCUGCACCUCACUCACAACGUGGCUGGUGUGACGUUUCUCGCUCUUGGUAAUGGAGCUCCGGACGUCUUUAGCGCCAUGGCAGCUUUCUCCCACCCACACACUGCUGGACUGGCUGUCGGAGCCUUAUUUGGAGCCGGUAUAUUUGUCACCACAGUGGUUGCAGGCAGCGUGGCGCUGGUCAAGCCUUUCGCUGUGGCCUCCCGUCCAUUUCUGCGGGACGUCAUCUUCUACAUGGUGGCUGUGUUUUGGACUUUCCUCAUGUUGUACAGAGGAACCACCACAGUGGGAGAAACACUAGGGUACCUUGGCCUCUAUGUUGUGUAUGUACUGACUGUUAUUUUCAGCGCGUACAUCUACAACCGGCAGAAACGUUUGCUGAACUCCAGUCUGCAUAGUACUGCACAAAUUCCAGCAGAGUAUCACUCGUCUGAUGAUGACCUUGCCUGCCUGAAUGGAAGAAACGUCCCACAGGAGUACGAGUCAGAGUACAGCCCGCUUCUGCCCUACUCUGAGUCCACGAGUCAGAUCAUGCUGAGUUCGAUGAACCCGGUGGACAGCAACAAGUGGAGGAGGAAACCCUGGAGCUGGAGAGCUCUCAAAAUACUGAAGACGCCUCUCGAGGUUGUGCUGCUGCUCUGCAUCCCUGUGGUCGACCCCGAUAAAGAAGACAGGAACUGGAGACGCCCGCUGAACUGCCUUCAUCUUGUCACCGCUCCUCUGGCCUGUCUGUUAGCCUUCCAGUCUGGGACAUAUGCAAAUUAUAUGAUCCAAGGGGAGUUUCCCCUCUGGCUGCUGUUUCUUCUGCUGGGAUUAUUCCUGUCUGCUAUCGUCUUCUGCACCACCACUAAUGACUCCCCUCCCAAAUAUCAUUCACUGUUUUCUCUGCUGGGCUUCCUGGUGAGUGCGCUGUUGAUCAGUGCCGCCGCCUCGGAAGUGGUCAGUCUUCUGCACAUGCUUGGCGUGGUGCUGAGUCUCAGCAACACUGUGCUGGGACUCACUCUGCUGGCCUGGGGCAACAGCAUAGGAGAUUGUUUUUCUGACAUCACCAUCGCCCGGCAGGGUUACCCACGAAUGGCCAUUUCCGCCUGCUUUGGAGGCAUCAUUUUUAACAUGCUGCUUGGAGUUGGUUUAGGAUGUCUGAUGCAGAUGGUUGAAACACACAAUAAUGUGCAGUUUGAAACAGAGGGUUUGUUGACGUGGAUUCUUGCAGGAUCCCUGGGUUUGUCAUUGGUUGUGUCCUUCAUCAUCGUUCCUCUGAGCCGGUUCCACUUGGGUAGAAGCUACGGGAUUUUUCUCCUCGUCUUCUACGCGAUCUUCCUUAUCAUUGCACUGCUUACAGAGUUUGGAAAGAUACACUUUGUGUAGAUCUGACUACACAACGUCCUUCAGUAAAGCGAAAUGACACACUGGAACAGAUGUUCAGCCUCUGCCAGGCAAGAGUAAACUAUCUGCACAUGCCAAACUGGCAAAUACAAAAAGACUGAGACUUCUCUGCUCAGGGAGAACUGAAAUUAUUACACUGUGCCUUUAUUAAACUUUUAGUUUGUGCUGACUGGAUCUGGCACUUUGUGAGUCCAGAAUGAAAACACAGGUUGUAAAAAUGUAUACUUUAAAACAUUGUGAAUUUGUUAAAUAUACUGUGAAUCAAAAUGUUAAAAUGACCUUGUACAAAACUGCUUUACGGGCAUUAAAUAAUUUUGGUUUGGUGUUUUA